AGCCAGCCAGCCACCCACCCCGGUGGCCCUGUGGGGCGCCGGUGCGUGCCCAAAACAAGCAAGCGUAGAGGCGCCAACGCGCGAGGAGCGGUGGGAUGGCGGCGGCCAUGGACUUGGAGGACGACGAGGACUUCUGGGGGAACACCGCCAGCAGCCCCAGCGCGUCGCCGCCGGGGUCGCUCGCCGCGGCCGCGGUCUCCCCCUGCGGCGCCUUCAUCUCCACGCAGCUCAGCCUCAACUCCCGCCUCCACCUCCUCUCCACAGCGGGCGGCUCCUCCGCCCUGGGCGCCGGCAUCUACGCCGCGGACGACGGCCGCCACCACAUGGACCUCGGCGGCGGCUUCCGCAAUGCCGCCGCGUCCCCGGCGCCCUUCUUCUCUGCCUACAACCCCGCCGCCGGCGCCGGCACCGCGCGCAGCGUGCUCGAGGACGAGAUGUGCCUCGGCCCCGACGCGGCGGCGGCCACCUGGGCCGGCGCCGGGGUCGGGGGCUCCGACCGCCGCAAGAAGCGCAUGAUCAAGAACCGCGAGUCCGCGGCGCGCUCCCGCGCGCGCAAGCAGGCCUACGUCCGCGAGCUGGAGCAGGAGGUGAAGCUCCUGCAGCAGGAGAACGAGAGCCUCCGCGUCAAGUACGAGCAGCUGAGGGUGUCCGUGGAGGUGGCGGUGCCGGUGAAGAAGACUCUGCAGAGGAUGCCGUCCGCGCCAUUUUGAGGACGACGGCGAGGAGAUCGAAGGAAGGAUGGAUCGAAGCAGGCGGUUGCCCUUCUCCUUUUGAGGCGAUCCAGUGAUCGAUAUUGGUUACAAGUAAUCGACUAAUUAAGUGAGUGCUUCACUUCAUAUGCCGCAGCCAGUAGUGCUCUGCUGCUUCUCUACCUAGCUCGCCGUGCUUGUACAAGCAACAUCAAAGUCAUGUUCAAUCUCGCCUAGGGCGUGUACUAGCUGCUAGCUUUUGCCUUGAUCCAUCUGUACAGUGGCAGCUGCCUAGCUAGAACAGGGGAUGCCUGCCACGGCGGCGUCCUGGUGGCUGCCAUAUAUACUUAUGUGUAUAUGUGUGUAGCUUGUCGCGUGGGAUUAGGCAGAAGCAGAAAGAUGAUGGGCCUGCUUGUACAAAUGUAGUAACUAUUGCUUCCUGGCACAAUGUCAUUUCGGAGCGCAAGAAAGAAAGAACAAUCCAGGAAACUUAGCUGGUC